ACCGGCGUUUAUCAUCCACAGCCUGAUUACUCCGUGAAGUGUCAGUGGAAUAAUGAUUUAAAACACCGUUAUUUACUCUCGAAUUUUAAGGAUCGACCAUCUAGUCCACAUUUGGGUUCGUGUUUCCAGUAUCUGAGUGCUCUCAUUGUUUUUAAAGAUGUCAGUGGUUGGUUUUGACGUGGGUUUUAUGAACUGCUAUGUAGCGGUAGCUCGAGCUGGAGGAAUCGAGACCGCUGCGAAUGAAUACAGCGACCGAUGCACACCAGCUUGUGUGUCAUUUGGACCACGAAAUCGGUCCAUUGGUGCAGCAGCUAAGAGCCAGGUUGUCACCAACUGCAAAAACACUGUCCAAGGAUUCAAACGUUUCCACGGUCGAGCUUUUUCAGAUCCAUUUGUCCAGAACAUAAAGUCCAGUCUCGUAUAUGACCUUUCACAAAUGCCAUCAGGAGCAACUGGCAUAAAGGUUAUGUACAUGGAGGAGGAGAAGGUGUUUAGCAUUGAACAGAUCACAGCAAUGCUCCUCACCAAACUGAAGGAGACUGCAGAGAGUAACCUCAAGAAACCUGUGGCUGAUUGUGUCAUCUCUGUCCCCUGCUAUUACACUGAUGCUGAGAGGAGAUCUGUCAUCGAUGCAGCUCAGAUCGCUGGACUCAACUGCCUGAGACUCAUGAAUGAAACAACAGCAGUGGCUCUGGCAUAUGGCAUUUACAAGCAGGAUCUUCCAGCCCCUGAGGAAAAGCCAAGGAACGUGGUGUUUGUUGAUCUUGGCCAUUCAGGCUACCAGGUUUCAGUCUGUGCCUUUAAUAAAGGCAAGCUGAAGAUUCUUGCCACAGCAUUUGACCCUGAGAUGGGUGGCAAAGAUUUUGACGAGAGACUGGUGAAGCAUUUCUGUGAAGAGUUUGCAGUGAAGUACAAGCUGGAUGUGAAGUCAAAGCCCAGAGCUCUGGUCCGACUGUACCAGGAAUGUGAAAAGCUGAAGAAGUUAAUGAGUGCCAACUCCUCUGACCUGCCCCUCAGUAUUGAGUGUUUCAUGAAUGACAUUGACGUCUCAAGUAGAUUCAACAGGGCUCAAUUUGAAGAGAUGUGUGCUGAUAUUUUAGCAAGGGUGGAAUCUCCACUGCGCAGUCUCAUGGAACAAGCUCAUCUAAAGAGAGAUGAUAUUCAUGCUGUAGAAGUGGUGGGCGGUGCCUCUAGAAUGCCGGCCAUCAAAGAGAGAAUUGGUAAAUUCUUUGGGAAGGAACCGAGCACAACACUGAAUGCUGAUGAGGCCGUGGCCAGAGGAUGUGCCCUUCAGUGUGCUAUCCUUUCCCCUGCAUUUAAAGUUCGUGAGUUUUCUAUAACAGAUGUGGUUCCUUAUCCCAUCUCUCUGAAAUGGAAUUCUGCAGCUGAAGAUGGAGUCAGUGACUGUGAGGUUUUCCCAAAGAACCAUGCAGCACCUUUCUCCAAAGUGUUGACCUUCUACCGGAGAGAGCCUUUCUCCUUAGAGGCGUACUACAAUUGCCUGAAAGAGCUCCCUUAUCCAGACCCCACUAUAGGUCAAUACAUAAUCCAGAAGGUGGUUCCCCAGGCCACAGGUGAGAGUUCAAAAAUUAAGGUGAAAGUGCGAGUAAAUGUCCAUGGGAUCUUCAGUGUGUCCAGUGCCUCACUAGUUGAGGUGCAGAAGUCUGAGGAGGAAGAGGAGACUAUGGACACGGAGCAGACCACUGAAAAAGAAAAUGAGAAUAAAAUGCAGGUUGAUCAAGAUGAAGAGAAAUCACCAGGGAAUGGAGAACAGGAAGAUGGAGAUAAAAAAGCUGGAUCAGAAGAAAUGGAGACGUCUGCUGAGGAAGGCAAACAGGAGAAGAAAUCUGAUCAGCCGCCACAAGCCAAGAAGCCCAAAGUGAAAACAAAGGUCCUGGAAUUACCCAUAGAAAACAGUCCCCAGUGGCAGUUAGCCAAUGACAUGCUGAAUCUCUUUGUGGAGAGCGAGGGUAAAAUGAUCAUGCAAGACAAGCUUGAGAAAGAACGUAACGAUGCCAAGAACUAUGUGGAGGAGUAUGUGUAUGAGAUGAGAAACAAACUUCACGGGAUAUAUGAGAAGUUCGUUGGAGAGAGUGACAGAGAUACUCUCUCAUUAAAACUAGAAGACACAGAAGUUUGGCUGUAUGAGGAUGGUGAGGACCAACCUAAACAAGUAUACAUUGACAAACUUCUUGAACUGAAGAAACUUGGCCAGCCCAUCCAAGACAGAUACACCGAAUUUGAGGACAGACCCAAAGCUUUUGAAGAGUUGGGCAGACAGCUGCAACAGUUCAUGAAGAUUGUAGAGGCCUACAAAACUAAAGAAGAGCUGUAUGAUCAUUUGGAUGAGGCUGAGGUUCAGAAGGUAGACAGGAUGGUGAAUGAUGUUAUGAUCUGGAUGAACAGUAAAAUGAACCAGCAGAGUAAACAAAGCCUCACCGUGGAGCCUGUAUUGAAAACUUCAGAGAUAGAGGCCAAAACAAAGGAGCUGUUCUCCACCUGCAAUCCCAUUGUGACCAAACCCAAACCUAAAGUGGAAUUGCCAAAAGAAGAAAAUCCAUCAGAACCGAAUGGACCAGUCAAUCCGCAGGAGAGUGCUGAAGCCCAGCCCAGUGGCACAGAACAGCCUCCUGCAGAAGCCAAGCCUGAUAUGGACCUUGAUUAAGUGUGCUGUGUAAUGUUAUGUUAACAUUACACAUUGUUAUAUAACAUAAUGUUAUGUGAAUGUUAACUGUUAUGUUUCCAGUGACUGCUAAAUCAUCAUCAUCCAAACAGCGGGGUGACUCUGGCAAUGAUAGACUCAGUAGCUAUAUUUGCAUGUCCUUUUAUAUUAAUAAAUUCAUAAAUCAUUAAGCAGAUUGAGAACAAUUCGGUCUGCCAUUAAGUAUCAUGUAUCUGGUUCCCUGUCAAUGGUUGUUUCAAUAAAUAUGAACUGAAACAUUAUGUUGUUUGAAGUCAUGGAAAAAUUAAAGGUGCUGCAAGCGAU